AUGAUCAAUGACCUCCUUCCUCUCCGAGAUCACCGAGGUGAGAUUGGGGGCGAGAAGACGACCAACACCAUUAAAACGGUACACACACUGUUGAAUUCGUGCGGCCUAUCCAAUUCUGGUGUCCAUGUUAUUAUUCCCGGAGAUCACCAACGUCCAUGGAAUCCGCCUCUCGGGUAUAUUUGCUUAUACGAGGGAUUCUUCUCUCAAUGCCGGUUGUGGUUCCCUCUUCCUAAUCUGCUCAGCCAAUAUGCUCAUCGCCGUAAAAUUCCGAUAUGCCAACUCUCCCCAGGAAGUAUCUGCAACUUCGUCGCCGCUCUCACUUUCACAGCUGAGGCUGAAGUUUUUCUUGGAAUUGAAUGCUUUGAGAAGUUAACAAAUUUUAAGAAUAGCCAAGGUAGUGAGUUGUGGAUGGUUAACACGAAGCCAGCUCAUAACUUCCUUCCUGGGGAAAAAGUUAGUAACUUCAAGAAGUUGAGAGCUCGCUAUUUCUUUGUCCGAGUCGAUGAUCGCUCUUUCAAGAAUCCGAAAUGCAGUCGCCGAAGAGUGUGGAACGAUUCGCCUGCUCGCCCUUCUUCAGCUCAGAAACUACCUCCUAGAUUUCAGCACGUCAAGGACUCUCUAUUCGGUGUAGCUGAGCGUAGCUGGGAUCAAGUCUCUCGACGUCGUGUGGAAGCAGCAAUGGUUAAGGCGAGGACGAAGUUUGCCAGUUUCGCAAGUUCGUUGGGUCGAACUUCCGAGGUCCCACCGACCACAAUUGUCAACGCCGAGAUGCUCCGAUCUGUGAAUCCACACGAGGAACGGAUCGCCGAUCCCAAAUCAGAGCAAGCGAGGAAUGAAUUCAUCGAUAUUGAGGAUGGUGACGAGCUCCCGGCUCUUGGUUUUGAGGACGAAAACGUAGCUCCCAAUGACUCAUCCCCUCCUCCACCGACUGAGCCGACCAUCUCAGUACAGCUCGCCCCGGAGCCAAGUAGCGGUUCUAAAAAGAAAAGGUCCAAGAAGGAUAACGGCAAGGACAAAAGCAAAGAAAAGGGCAAAGGAAAAGGCUCCGCCCAGUCGGAAACGCUCUGCGGAAGAGGCCGGCCUCGAAUCCUAUGA